CGCGAUCGGCCUUCGCGAUGCCAACUCGAGCGCGCGUGCGACUCGAUCGAGUCGCACGGUGAGGCCGGAGAGGCGAGAGCCGCCGACCGCGUCUCCGCGGGCGCGCUCUCGGUUUCGCUGGUCGCGCUCGGGGCUGGGGCUCGCCGCGGUCGGGGUGCAACGGCAGGCUGACAUCCGAUUGCGCGCGACCCAUUGCCGUUGCACUGGCUGUCGGCCAAUCGAUGAAACUGUGCCCGCAGAGGCGACGCGUGGCGCGCGCGGCUAAUUGGCGCACGCGCCCGCCUCGCGCUCGGCGCGAGUGCCGUACGUGCGGCCGACACGCGCUCGCGGGCCGAGGCUGGCCGCGGCCAUGGCGCCGCCGCCAAUUCGCGGAGGCGAGUGUGCGCGGCGGCGGACCAGGCCGUGGGCUCGGUGCGUCUGCGCUCGACGGCCCGUCGAGGUGGCGUUGUCGCGCUCGGGCGCCGAGGGAGUCGCUCGGACGCCCGGAGCCCGAGCGGACGACGCGCAGCAGCAACAGCAGCAGCAGUAGCAGCAGCAGCAGCAGCAGCAGCCGCAGCAGCAGCGCGGAAUCGAUCGUCCGGAGUCGCCGAGGAUGACCGUGCGGGGCUGAGCGACUCGGCUGGCCGCGGACAAGCUCCACGCCGGGACAUGGGCUGGGCCCUGGGCGGCUUCGGCCUCCUCGUCGUGCUGCUCAUCGUCGCCGGCGCCGCCGUCGUCGUCUGCCGCAGGUGCGGCGUGCAGUGGCAGUGCGGCGCCCGGGACGCGUGGAUCGUCUGCGAGGAAUGGCGCCGCAAAGUCGCCUGGCUGUGGGCGCCGCGCGAGGAGAAGGUGGGCCUGGUGAAGGCCCAGCAGCCGACCGGCUGCCACGCGAUGAUGAUGCCGGGACUCUACCGGCAGUCCAGCACCACCUCGUCCCAGUACAUCAUGCACAGUGACAGCGAUCUUCGGCUUGACGCCCAGGGCGCCUUCACGAGAUUCGAAGCGGUGGACCGGGACCUGCAUCCGCCGAGUAGCGCGCUGGGAAUGCCAGGCGUGACGCUGCACGAGACGCAAAAGCGAAUCGAGCGCCAGCUGCCGAUGUCGUCGGAGUCGUCGUCCGCCUCCUCGAAGACGAGAGCGACGAGGAUGCCGCCGCAGCAGGCAACCCCGCCGCCGCGAGCGACGGCGCGCCCGAGGCCGUCGCCGCUGCGGCCGGCGUCGACGGUGGACUACCUGCGGCUGCGCGAGUGCGAGCCGACGCCGCCGACGCCGCCGCCGCCACCGUCGCUGGGCAAGCUGGGCAGGCAUCAGCAGCAGCGCGGCAUGUUCGUGUUCUCCGACGACGGCUCGCCGUCGCCGCCGCCGCUGCCGCCGCCACCGCUGCCGCCGCCGCCGCCGCCGCCGCCGCCGCCGCCGCGCGCCCCUGACGCGCUCGCCGUCGCCCUCGCCCACGCCGAGAUCCUCGGCAGAAGCGGCUACGGCGAGGACGCGCAGCUGCGGCUGGAGCACGGUCUGCACGGCAUCCCACGCAUACCCACGCACAACCCGUUCGCGGAGGAGGAGGAGUCGCCAGAGGCAGCGGCAGCCGCCCCCCCGCGGCAGCACCGAAUACGAUACAGCGUGCAGGGCGCAGUGCUCAGCGACAGUCUGUUCGACGAGGACGACGACGGAGGCGACACGUCGCCGCCGUACGGCAGCUACGACAUCGUGCAGCACGAGGCCGCGCGCGACCUCGACUCCAUAUUCGCGUCGCCGACGCGGCCGAGCACCGAGUCGCUGAUGCGACGGCUGCCGAGCAGCCGGAACCUGCGCGAUCUGGACCGGAUCACGCGGUACAUACAGAGCCUACCGGACAGCGCGGACUUUUACGACGACGAGGCGGCGAGCGACGAGCCAGCCAGCUCGGCCGCGCCGCCGCCGCCGCCGCCGCCGCCUGCCCCGCCCGACAAAGCCGACCAGGAGCCCACCACGGGCGAGAGGAUUUUCAAGGCCCUGCGGGCCGUUACCUCGCAGAGUUACAUCGACGCCAGCGAGUUUUACAACUCGAUCCUCAGCUCGGCGCAGCACGUGCAAAGCCUCGCGUUCAGCGCGCGCGGCGGCGACGCGGAGGAGGCGGACGAGGAGGAGGACGAGAAGGACGAGGAGGAGGAGGAGGGGGAGGAGGAGGAGGACGACGACGAGGAGGAGAACCCCGGUUUCGCGAACCUCGCCGCGAGCGAGACGCAGCAGCCGCAGCCGCCGCCGCGCAAGUCGUCCGCCGACCUGUACAGCGCCGAGCUGAACCAGGCGGCCCAGCGCACCGCCCAGGAGGUGUACAAGAGCCUCCAGGACCCGCCGGCGUCGCCGCUGCUGCUGAAGGACGCCGAGCAGCAGGCCUACUCGGCCUACCUGCAGGCGGACCCGAGCUUCACGCGCACCUCCGAGGACAUAUUCAAGAGCCUGGAGCAGCGCCGCAAGAGCGUGCUCAGCGACGUGCUCGAGCUGGAGGCGUGCGAGUCCGAGCGCCGGCGCAACAGCCAGGAGCUGCUGAGCGCCCUGGAGGAGGUGCAGAUGAAGCGCCGGCUGUCGCAGCUGUUCGACGAGCAGCCGCUGGACGAGGUGCUGCUGGGCGGCGCCGCGCGCCGCGGCUCCCUCGACUCGCUGCUGCAGGACGUCGAGGACCUGGCCAGCCUGCGCCGCGCCGUCAGCUGCGAGAGCGUCUGCUCCGACACGAGCGUCAGCCUCAGCGAGGAGGCGCGCGUCGUCGGCCUGGUCUGCGUCGGCCUGGAGCACGACCGCUACCCCAACUUCAACGGCGACUCCGACCUCAUCGUCAGCGUGCUGGAGGCGCGCGACCUCGUCGCGCCCGACGGCCGCGCGGCCGUCAACACCUUCGCCAAGGUCUGCCUGCUGCCCGACCGCGACAACUUCGCGCACACGCGCCUCUACAAGGACACCAACUCGCCGAGCUACCAGGAGAAGUUCUACUUCUCGCUGAACGGGCCGCCGCUCGGGCGCACCCUCCUCGUCGAGGUCUUCUCGUACGAGCUGCCGAGCAACGGCCGCCUGCCGGCCGAGGCCAGCCCGCUCGGCGAGGCGCAGCUCGGGCUCAGCCCCAGCCCCAGGCCGCCGGCCACCACCUGGCUGCCGCUCGUCUGCCCGGCCACGCCGCGCCCCGUCCUCGGCGAGCUCAUGUUCUCGCUGUCGUACCUGCCCACCGCCGAGAGGCUCACGCUCGUCGUCGUCAAGGCGCGCAACCUGCGCGGCGCCGCCGAGACGCCCGGCGACUUUUUCGUCAAGGUCUACCUGCUGCAGCAGGGCAAGAAGCUGCACAAGAAGCGCACGACGAUCAAGCGGGGCGAGAAGAGUCCGAUCUUCAACGAGGCCAUCGUCUUCGGGGUGCAGGCCCACGCGCUGCAGAACGUCCAGCUGCGGCUGACGGUGGCGGAGGUGAGCAGCGACGUGAGCACCAAGGCCUACGCGGUCGGCCACGUGAUCGUCGGCGCCACCGCGCCGGGCCGCGCGCUCUCGCACUGGCGCCAGAUGCUCGCCUCGCUCAGACGCCCGGUCGCCAUGUGGCACCCGCUGCGCAAGUAGACGCCCGGACUGCUGUUGUGUUUUUGUUUCGCCGUUGUUUCUUGUUGACGAAAAGGAAAGAAAAAGGAAAAAAAAAAAAAAAUAAAAAAAAUAACAAAUUAAAAAGGAAUAAAAUAAAAGUAACGAUGGCCGCGCGUCGUCGCGUCCAUUGGCGGCCGAUGCUCUGGCGGCUUUGUUUCUCGACUCUUCUUUGUCACUCGUCGCUGCGCUUCCAACUACGAGGGGGCGGGAGGAAGAGGAAGGCCUCGAUCGCACGUGCUGGCGGCGGACUUGGUUGUUUGUCAAUUAUACCCGAUUACAGAGACUCGAGAGAAGUGGGCGAUUAGCGUGGACGUCGAAUUCGCGCUCGGAUGUACUUUUUUUCUCUUUUGCGCGUCAUCUGUCAGAUCGUUCGCUCGCGCGCUUCGUAACGACGCUCCUCGCCCGUCGAAUUGCGCGUUCACACUCGCAAUUUGGAUACUCGCGCAGCUGCGACUGAACAAUACCAUGAAUAGUAGUAUGUUGCAUACACUCAUCUUACCGCCCCCCCCCGGCUUUACAUAGGCGGAGAACCGUUGAAUAAUUCACGCGCUCGUUCGCGUUGCGUGUGAUUUGAAAAUCAAAUUCCUGCAAGACUUUGUGUCCAAAAUGCCUAAAGAGAAGGAGAGAAAGAGAGAGAGAAGAGAAGAUGCGAUGCUUUGAUGUUCGCGACAUUGCUAUUUUUGAUUGUAUUAUUGACGAGGAAGAAGCAGGAUGCGGAAGUGUUCGCUCGGCGGAUUUUCCGCCGUUCCACUUUUCGUGCAAAAGUGCGUAACAGUGAUUUAUUUUUUGUUCGAAAAAGGGUGUUUAUCGUGAAAUCCUGUUCCUCUUCCCUUCGCAUGGCCUUGAGAUGAAUUUAACUAAAUAACUUUUAUACCUUUUCGCACUAAAUUAUAUUUAACGAAGAGACGGAAGAAUGCACGAGUGACGCAAACUUGACUUACAAUCAGCUAAAGAGAAAUGCAUUAUUUACAGAUCAACUUUCAAUAUGCGAUUGUCUCUCACGUCUAUCAUUCGCGCACGCACUUUCUUACGGGGAUCGUUGGGAAUAAGUAAAGUAUCAAGUUUCAAUCGAUGAGAUCGAAGAGGCAUUCUAUCGCACAUUUUUUGGAAAUCAAACUGAAUUCUCUCAUCUCGUUGUCCCCCGGUCAAAAGAUUUCUCCCGACUCUUUCACUGUAACUUCGUAAGCGAUAAGAUAAAACAAAAACUGCAUAACUAAGAUAUAUAAAAUGAACCGAGUACCUGCGUAUUUUUAUCUGAAAACUAAAAAAAAAGCAAACAAAAGCGCGUCAAAUUUUCUCGUACAGAGGCGAUCAUGUAUUUACGCUUGUUAUUCAAUUUCGUUGUCGGUGUAUUAACAAGAUACCCACCCACGUUGCAAAUUUUACGUUUUAGCGAAAUGAUGUUUAGCCAAAAAUGGAUAUAAAUGGCUUUGCUGUGCCGAUAUAAAUAAUAUGCAUACAUUAGGAAGAAUACGACAAUAAUAGUGCCGACCGAGAUAUUGUUUUUCCGUUGUUAAAACAAAAUGAAAAAAUGCCAUAUCAAAAAAAAAAAAAAAAUAAAUAAAUAAUAAAGCAUGAUGUACGUUCGUUGAUUAUUAGCACAAGAGAAUAUAUACCGAAAAAACCAUGUUACAAACGCAGAUACAAAAAAAAAUAUAUAUAUAUAUAUAAAAGAAUUAUAUACGCAACAAGUGUACUUUUUGCGCGUACGUAUACCGAUACAUAUAUAAAUUUCCUUCCUAAAAUAAUAGGUGACGAUUCUUUCAGAUCGAUUGCUUAUAUUAUAUAUUUUGCUGGCAUUGUUUUUUUUUCGCCACGCGAGCGUCUUCAUUGUGUGUUUGAAGUAUUAUUUUUGUUACGCCUGUCUGUGAUACUAUAAGGGCACAGUAUAUACCAUUAUUCUCUGUAUAAUCCAUAGUUUUUGAUCCCGUGAUCGACGACGAUACAAAGAAAAAUACAUGUAAAAAAAUAAUUUAAAAAAAUGAACCUUGUAACGUGUGACCGUAUAAUGCAUAUGUGAAAUAAAACAUUCAUACCGUGCUCUUCCUAUACGUAGGUAUAAUGAAAAUAAAAACCUUGUCGACCCUUGCAGAAAAAGUUUUUCAAAUUACUUUUUCGUUGAGUGACUUUACAAAAAACCACUCGCCACGCACUUUUAUGAAAUUCAUGCGACGUAUUAUGUAAAAAUCACGCAUGCAUUAACGUGUGCGAUGAUAUUGUAUAUAAUUAUGUAAAAUUUUCGAAUUAAUUAUGUAUACAAUGUGCAGCCCGUAGACAAACACGUGCACAAUUUAGAGUGAGAAUGCGAAGAAAAUUCUUUGGUUUGCGUGUUCUUUACUUCAUCGCGAAACAAAACGAAUAAAUGAGAUCAAUGCACACACAAAUAUCCGAUUAAAUUGCAAGCGAUUACAUCGCGGCAAAAAGAGACUCAUCGAAUUAUCAAAUCUGAUGCACGAAACAUACAAUUGUUUGACAAACUUUUUCUAAAUGGGACAUUUCUGUCAGUAUAACCGAAAACUGAUCAUCUACUUCAGCGAUUCUCGAUUUUCAGAAGUUGCGAUAAAAUAAAAAAGAAAGAAAAUCAUUGAGAUUUAGGAAAUGAUACUAUAAGAAUUACUAGUUAUGACCUCUGCGCGGUCGCUACGAUAUAUACACCUGUAUGUGAGUACAUGUAAAUUAUAAAAGGGCAAAAAAAAUAUUAUACAUCGUCGUUGUUAUUCAUCGUUACACGAUUCUAUUUACAAAAAGCUCGUUUAAUGA